AUGUCUGAUACAUCGUUAGCAGAAAAACAGAAGGCGAUUGAGGCUCGUAAUUUGGCGCUCGACAUCGAGCUCUCAGACGAGCCGUCCGACACAGUGUCCGCAACUGCGUCCACCAAAGCAUCGCACACUUUCUUCGGGCCGGACCAACCCGAGGAAUCGGAGGAAGCCAAGCAGCAACGCGUCGCCGUACUUGCAGAAAAGUACUCGGUCAAACAGCGACGCCUCCAGUGGAAGGUUGACAUCUGUGUCGUGCCCGCACUCGUUUUGCUGUAUUUCGCGGCGUUCCUGGACCGGAUCAACAUCUCGAACGCGCGGCUUUACGGGAUGGAAAGCGACCUGGGGCUUCACGGCAAUCAAUUCAACAUUGCUUUGACUGUGUUCUUCGUACCGUACGUCGUGUUUGAAAUCUUCGCCAACUACCUUGCCAAGCGCUUCAAGCCCCAUUGGUGCUUCUCCGUUAGCAUGUUCGUUUUCGGCUGCGCGACCAUUGGAUGCGGAUUUGUCAAGUCGUUCGGCGGGCUCGUUGCCGCACGUUUCUUCCUCGGUGUCGCAGAAGCGGCCACGUUUGACCUCAUUUUUUACAUUUUGUCGUCUUAUUACACUCUACGUGAAGCGCAGAGGAGAUUCUCCAUUUUCUUCAGCUCCACCACUUUGUCUGGUGCUGCGGGUGGAUCUAUCGCAUAUCAGAUUUACAACGGCAUCAACAACAACCAUUUGGCAAACUGGCGCUGGAUCUUCGUAAUUGAAGGUAUUGUUACCGUCUUCAUUGCUUUCUUGUUAUUCUUCAUCACUCCAGAUUUCCCUGAAACUGCCCGUUUCUUGAAGGAGAACGAGAAAAAGUUCAUCAAAGAAAAGCUCGAGGUUUAUUCCAACAUUGAAUCCGGUUAUGAGAUCAAGUUGUCGCUUCGUGACUAUCUACCCCUCCUAAAAGAUCCGAUUUUUUACCUCACGGCAGUUGCCUAUCUGUCGCUAGUUGUUCCAAGUUAUGGAUACGCUUAUUUCGCGACCACAAUCAUUAAGCUACUAGGUUAUACUUCUGUGAGUGCCAAUCAACACUCCGUUUAUCCUUGGCUAUCAUCGUUCGGCUACAUCAAUAUCAUCGCAUUUGUGUCGGACUACUUUCAAAAAAGAUGGUGGUUCACAAUAUCUUCCAGUUUUAUUGCGAUUGCGGGUCUUGCAAUGGUUGUGGGAUCUGAUAAUCCACAUGUUAAAUAUGGUGGAUGUUUUGUGACGACGCUUGGUCUCUACAGUGCCAUGCCAGUCUUGAUUUGCUGGACCUCUCUAAAUUACGGAGGUCACGCAAGAAAAUCUUUUGGAACAGCUUUCCAAAUCGGUUUCGGUAAUAUUGGAGGGAUCAUUUCAACCUUUUUGUUCUUAUCGCAAGACGCUCCCCAUUAUUACAGGGGUUUGGGCACAUCUAUUGGGUUUGUUGCUCUAUCCAUCGUUUGUCAACUGGGUAUGCUAUUCUAUUUCGUUCGUAUGAACGUGAAAAAGCAACAGCAAUCAUACAAGGAUAAAUUUUACCAACUCAGUGAAAGGGAGCGUAUAAUGAAAGGUGAUUUGGCUCCAAAUUUCAAAUAUUCCUUAUAA